AUGGCCAACCAGAUCUACAGCACAACUGCACGGAAUACCUGGAACAAAAAGGUGAAUCCCAGCCUGGAUGCUGAGAGGCAAAACAAGUCAUUCAACGUCGAGAGACUCACAAACAUCAUAGAUGGGGGUGAAGAAUUUACUCAGAGGAGGAGACAAGUUGUGGGUAGAACAGCGACGCAUGCUCUGGUACUGGCCCAGCUGUACUGCUCAGGAACAUGCCAUGGUAUGCAUGGCUUCCUCGUGCCCAUCCGGAGCCUUCAAGACCACUCCCCUCUGCCAGGAAUAACCGUAGGGGAUAUCGGGCCCAAAAUGAACUUUGAGCAAACAGACAAUGGCUUCCUCAAGCUGGAUCACGUGCGGAUUCCCAGGGAAAACAUGCUGAGCCGUUUCUCCCAGGUUUUAGCCGAUGGGACCUACGUGAAGAAGGGGACCCCCCAGAGCAAUUACCUCGCUAUGAUUGUGGUCCGGGUCCAGCUGCUCUCCAGCGAAUUCAUCCCCCCCCUCAUGAAGACAUGCGUCAUUGCCACCCGCUACUCGGUCGUCCGCCAUCAGUCCAAGAUCAAGCCCAGUGAACCAGAGGUGAAAAUCCUCAACUAUCAAACUCAGCAACAAAAGCUGCUUCCCCAGUUGGCCAUGGCCUACGCCUUCCAUUUCGUCAAUAAUAGUGUCACGGAAUUCUUCAGGAACGCCUACCAAAGAAUAAUAAGUGGGAAUGCCACCAGCCUGCCCGAGCUUCAUGCCCUCAGUUCAGGAAUGAAAGCUUUCAUAUCAGACUACUGCAUCCUGGGGGCUGAGACGUGUCGGAGGGCUUGUGGUGGACAUGGCUACUCCUUGCUGAGUGGACUGCCCUCCCUGGUCACGAAAUUAUCAGCCUCCUGUACGUACGAAGGAGAAAACACAGUGCUGUACCUGCAGACGGCCAGGUAUCUGGUGAAGAGCUACCUACAGAUUCAGUCUUCUCAAGGCUCUGGGUCACACAUGGUCCUCCCUCAGACCAUCCAGUACUUCACUUCCACACGGACAGACAGGUGUCCAGCACGGAAGGCAGCGGACUUUCUCAGCCCAGCCCUCUACACUGAAGCCUUUGCCCAUGUAGCAGCCAGGCUUAUAAGGAACUCGGCUCAUAAACUAUAUGAUUUGACCAGCUCUGGAACUGAUCAGUAUGUGGCAUGGAACCAGACCUCUGUCCUGCAUGUCCAGGCAGCCAAGGCUCACUGUCACUACUUCAUCGUGAAAACUUUUGUGGACUCUCUAAGAAAACUUGAAAAUGAACCAGAGAUCCACCGAGUAAUAAAGCGGCUCUGUGACCUCUAUGCCUUACACGGCCUUCUGUCUAAUUUGGGCGACUUCCUGCAUGAUGGCUACAUGUCUGGGGCCCAGGCGGACCUGGCGACAGCGGCCUAUUUAGACCUCCUUCCUCUGAUCCGGUAAGUGGUAAAUCGAGACAAGCCCCAGGAGUCCUGAGGUGAGAGGGGACGGGCAGGACGCUGGGAGGCUAUGCCUGUGCAACGUGUUGUUGAUUAUCAUUUCCACCAAUAAUAAUGGCUGGCACUUAGAUAACACCUGGUGGUUUGCAAAGCAUUUUUAUGUGUUCCCCCAUAAUAUGGGUCCCCAUCCAAUUCCAGCUUGCUUCCAGGAUUAGUUAAGAGGAUAUUUUAAUUUGGUUUGGGUUUUGCCAGAUUUGAGAGGAAGAGAGAGAAGAAACCCAGCAGUAUAUACAUGUGGAG